GGAGAGUUUGUCUACCAGGACUGGUCUCCCUGGUACCAACACCUGGUCAGCAGUGAGGAGGCAGCCACAUACUCCUGUGCUGUCAAAGGCUACGAGCAGCUCAGAGCCCCCGAGGUCUCAGUGGAUUCUGUCACCUCAACCUGCUUCAGUGUGAGCUACACUAAAGGGAGGAUGUGUUCCUCUGAGCAGCCCUGUUCCAUCACAUAUCCCAGAGAACUAUCUGUUGUGUGGGAUCCUGUUACCAGAGGGGGAGACACUGUCAGAGGGACCUGCAUCACGAGCUGUACUCAGACUGACAACAAAGCACCUGGCUACACCUGGUUCAUAAACGGAAACACACGAUGGCACACUCACCAGUUCUCUACUACAAAGUCCUCUUUUGACAGCUACUCCUGUGCUGUAAAAGGCCAUGAGGAUCUCCGCUCUCCUGCAGUGUGUGCUGAGGGUGAGAGCUGCUGGAGUGUGAAUUAUGUCAGCAGGAGAGUCUGUGCUCUGCAGGGCUCUACAGUGAACAUCUCCAGUCAAUACUCGUAUCCCACUGCUCACAUGCCCAAGCCACAGGUUUUCUUUACUGUGACGAAGGGUUAUGUUGAACAUAGGAUCCAAAACAUACCUCGUAUGGAGUAUCAUGAAAGUAUCAACUCCCUCACCUUAAUGAUCAAAAACGUGACAAAAAGUGACUCAGCAGAAUACACCUUCAGGUUCCCAGGAGAUUACACACAGCUGCUGUUUUCUGGUCGUCCUGGAGUGACUUUAACUGUGACAGACCUGAGAGUUCAGGUGACUCCUUCUGCAGAGGUGACAGAGGGCCAGAGAGUAACUCUGACCUGCAGCACCAGCUGCCCUCUGGCUGACAGCAGCAGCUACAUUUGGUACCACAACAGUCGAGCUGUGAGCCCACCAGAGAGCCACCACAAACAGCUGCUUCUGGACCCAGUCAGCAGGCAGCAUGCAGGGAGCUACUCCUGUGCUGUCAGCACCCACAGAGACAUCAAGUCCCCUGAGGAGACUCUCACUGUCAAAGUAACGUCCCCCGUCAUGAGUGCAGUCAGACUGGCUCUUGUAUGUCUGGGCCUGGUUGCUGUCUCUGUCUGCUGCUGGUGGAUGUGGAGGAAGAAAACUGCAACCACUGAGCCUAACAAGCAUGUACAGACUGGACAGCCCACGGACUCUCAAUAUGAGACCUUAGCCAUGAGCCCUGCCACUGCAGCACAGGGAGAGCCAGCAGAGCAGGAGGACAGUGUGUAA